AUGGAUCUGCUGCGCCCUCCCGUGGUGUGUGGAUCACCGGUGCCAACGGUGAUAACCCAACACAAUUCAUGCCGCAUCCAGAGCCAAGCGCGGGCAGGUGUUGUUGAUGUUCGUUCAGCUUGGCGAGCCACUACAUUGGUAGCGUCACUGGUUCUCGGAGCGAAGUUGGUGCAGCAGAGGCGUAGCCAGACCCGAAGACUUUUCACUUCGGUUGCUGCAAGCAGCAAAGGCCCCUGCAAGACCCGCAGGGAGAAGGUUUCGCUUGAUGUCAUGAUUGCAGCGGUUCUUGGAACUCCGCUUCCAGCAACCGCCAAAGGUGGCAAUCCGUAUCUUCUCUUACAAGAUGGUAUGGAGGCAUUCAAGAAGAACCGUGUCGAAGAUUCCAUCAACUUAUUCGACAAAGCUGCAGAGUCAGGGUAUCCGAAGGCCAGGCUUUGGCAACGUGGACUGUCCCUGUACUAUGCGAAGGACUUCAAAGCUGGAUCGGAGCAGUUCAGAAAGGAUGUGGAGAUGAAUCCCAAUGACACUGAAGAGUCCAUUUGGGCUUUCCUGUGCGAAGCACAGCUGAAUGGUUUUCAAGAGGCACGGCGGCAGAUUCUGACCGUAGGUGUGGACCCCAGGCCAGUGAUGCGCACUGCCAUGACGCUGUUUAGGGGCGAUGAUGAUGCCAAAUCCAUUGCAUCAUUGGAAGAGCUCUCUGCUGGUGGUGGCUCUGACUGCUUCUACUCCAGCCUCUACUUGGGCUUGUUCUAUGAGGCAAAAGGCGACACCGAGAAUGCCAAGCGGUGGUUGUUGAAAGCAAUCUCCUCCAAAUAUGGUGUCGGCAGCACAGACUACAUGGCGGACUUGGCACGGGUGCAUGUUGCCCAGCGUGGUUGGGCGCAAGUGGAGUUCUGA